AUGGCCGAACACAGUGGAAGGCCAAAUCAUCUACCUGAUUUCGAGGAAGUCGAAGAAUCCGACGAAGACCUCAAUGGAGCUGCCUUCGAUCCGCGAAAUUUCCAGCAUGCUACCGCAUCAACAAUCAAGACGCCAACCACUUCUCAUUUUGAUAUCAGCACCCGAUCUCCUUCUCGAUCUCAAACAACGGCUGCCAGCCGGUCAACAAUUGCAGCACACACGCCGUCUUUCCCGACUAGGGCAAGGCCGCAAACCCCCGACUAUUGGGCUACCACAAGGAAGCCGGUGUAUGAACCACCGAACUUGAGCGGUUAUAAUUACGGAGCAUCCGGCAAUCCUCAAGAAGCGUCAAAUAACGAAAUUCGAGUGCCAGGAGCAAAUACGCAAGAAGAACUGAAUUAUGAUGGAUUGGGAAAACUUGCUAGCUCGACCUUUGAGCAUCAGGCUUCUGGAUCAAACCCUAAUGAUCAAAUUGAUCUAGAAUGCACUUCAACUGGCUUCAGGUUAACUCUGCAUGUGGCGCCGGAUUUUGAGGGUACCGCAUUUGUCAAAGGAUUCCCGCAAAAAGUCGGAUGCCGCCGAGAUAUUCUCGCUGUUGAAAGUCGCCCAAUCAUUUUUGAGGAGACCGGCAAAAAUUCAUCGAUUAUUCUGAACCUCCAGCAUGACCUUUCAAUUAUUACAGAAAAUGAUCGAGCCUAUUUCCUGGAGUGCUAUAUGCCAAAGAAGCUGUCAAAUACUCAGAAAAUCUACACGAACCUUUCCGUCUAUCCAAGUGAAAUUCCGAUCGGCAAGGCAAUCCAUUUAACCGCAGUACCACCGGUUUGUACGUAUGCUAUUCGAAAGGCUACG